GCCGAGGGCCCGGCCGCCGCCGAGAGCCCGCGCGGGCCGCUGGGCCCGGGCUCGGGCAUGGUGCUCUACCUGUGUCCAGAGGCGCAGUGCGGGCAGACCUUCGCCAAGAAGCACCAGCUGAAGGUGCACCUACUGACGCACAGCAGCAGCCAGGGCCAGAGGCCCUUCAAGUGCCCCCUGGGCGGCUGCGGCUGGACGUUCACCACCUCCUACAAGCUCAAGAGACACCUGCAGUCGCACGACAAACUGCGGCCCUUCGGCUGCCCGGCGGAGGGCUGUGGGAAGAGCUUCACCACCGUGUACAACCUCAAGGCGCACAUGAAGGGCCACGAGCAGGAGAACUCGUUCAAGUGCGAGGUGUGCGAGGAGAGCUUCCCCACGCAGGCCAAGCUCAGCGCCCACCAGCGCAGCCACUUCGAGCCCGAGAGGCCCUACCAGUGCGCUUUUUCGGGCUGCAAGAAGACGUUCAUCACGGUGAGUGCCCUCUUUUCCCAUAACCGCGCCCACUUCAGGGAACAGGAGCUCUUCUCCUGCUCCUUCCCUGGCUGCAGCAAGCAGUACGACAAGGCUUGUCGUCUGAAAAUUCACCUGCGGAGCCACACCGGCGAGAGACCUUUCCUGUGUGACUUCGACGGCUGUGGCUGGAACUUCACCAGCAUGUCCAAACUGCUAAGGCACAAAAGGAAGCACGACGACGACCGGAGGUUCAUGUGCCCCGUGGAAGGCUGUGGGAAAUCGUUCACCAGGGCCGAGCACCUGAAAGGCCACAGCAUAACCCACCUGGGCACGAAGCCUUUUGUGUGCCCCGUGGAAGGCUGCUCUGCCAGGUUCUCUGCUCGCAGCAGUCUCUACAUUCACUCCAAGAAACACCUGCAGGACGUGGACACCUGGAAAAGCCGUUGCCCGGUCUCCACGUGUAACAAACUCUUCACAUCCAAGCACAGCAUGAAGACCCACAUGGCCAAAAGGCACAACCUCGGCCAGAAUCUCUUAGCUCAGCUAGAAGCUGCAAAUUCCCUGACGCCCAGCAGCGAACUUACCAGCCAGGGACAGAGUGACCUCAGUGACGCAGAGCUGGUGUCUCUCUUCUCUGAUGUGCCCGGCAGUAAUAGUUCUGCUGCGGUGCUGGACACGGCAUUGGUGAACUCUGGCAUCUUGACCAUUGAUGUCGCUUCUGUGAGCUCAACUCUGGCCGGGAACCUCCCCGCUAGCAGUAGUGGUAAUUCCUUAGGGCAGGCUCUGGACCCUCGGGCCUUGAUGGCCACCACUGACCUUCCUCAAAGUCUGGAUACCUCUCUCUUUUUUGGAACGACAGCCACCGGUUUUCAGCAGAGCCCCUUAGAUAUGGAUGAUGUCUCCAGUUCAGGUGCGGGGCCGUUGGGCUCCCUGGGCUCUUUGGCGAUGAAAAACUCCAGUCAAGAGCCCCAGGCUUUGACCCCCAGCAGUAAGCUAACAGUGGACACAGAUGCUCUGACUCCUUCAAGCACCCUCUGUGAAAACAGUGUCUCGGAACUACUGAUGCCAACCAAAGCGGAAUGGAACGUACACCCGGACUCGGACUUCUUCGGGCAGGAGGAGGAAACCCAGUUUGGCUUCUCCAAUCCAGCAGGAAACCAUGGUUGUCAGAAAGAAACAGAUCUUAUCACAGUGACUGGCAGCUCCUUUUUGGUAUGAACUAACUCCAUUCAUUCCUCGCCACGUGGCUUACUUUUAUUAAUUACACUCAAUGUUAAGGAUAUUCUGCACUAAAUGUGUAACUGGUCAGUUUUUAUAGGUUUGAAACAGAACAGAGCCCCGGGCUGCAAGUUUGGAGAUUUAAAUUCUGAUCUUGAGUCUGGAACUGACAAGUUGUGUGACCCUGAGCAAGUCACUUAACUUAUCUGAGCCUUAAUGUCCUUAUUUAUAAAAUGAGGUGGUUUCAAUAGAUUGUUUAUAAGGUCCUUUAAGCUCUGUGAUUCUUUGAUAAUAUGCUUCUUUUCUUUAAAAAAAUGACAUUUUUCAGUAAUGGUGUUGCAUGUGCUUUUUUAGAAACAUGUAUAAAAUACAUAAUUAUAUAAUGUGCAUCUAUGUUUGGCAUCCGUCUUCAACAAUUAUUAAUUCAUGAGCAAUCUUGUUUAUCUUAUUUACAUGUUAACCCUCUUCCAGUAUUAUUUUGGAAUAAAUACCAGAUAUCACAUCAUUUUAUGGUUGAUUUCAACCAUAAAUACUUAAUAUAUUGUUCUAUAAGUUAUGGGCUCUUUUAGAAAAAAAAGUACAAUUCCAUUAUCAUACUUAAAGUUAACAAUAAUUUCUUAAUACUAAUAAGUGUUCAGUCAGGGUUCCAAUAUCCAGUUGUCUCAUAAAUGCUAGUUGUUUUAAUAUUUUUAAUAAUUAGGAUACCAAUAAUCUCUUAAGUGUCUUUUUUAUUCUUUUUUUUUACAUUAAAUUUUUUUUGACUUUUUAUUUUUCAAUACAUUUGACAUACAACAUAUUUCAGGUGUACAACAUAGUUAUCAGACAUUUAUAUAAGUUACAAAGUGCUCACCCCCCAUAAGAAGUGUCUUUAAUCUCUACAUUUCCCCUUUGCCUACUUUCCUUGCAAUUUUAUUAGUUUAAAAAAUGAGGAGGUUUCACAUGUAGCAUUUGCUACAGUCUUAAGUUUUGUUGAUUACAUCCCUGUGGUGUUAAGUUCCUCUACCCUCUGUUUUCUUAACUUUUUCGUUGGAUCUAGAGACUUGAUCAGAUUGGAAAUACGACUUUUUGUGUAAGAAUAUUUUAUUGGUUGUGUUAUGCUCUUUUAUCCAGGUGCUCAUACUGUCUCGUGUUGUAUCCGCAGCUAGUGCUGUUCAUUGCAUUAAUUCAUGAUUACGUAUGCUUCUGAUACCGUGAAUUAUUCUUGUAGAUUUACUAUUAGUGGAGGAAGAUAUGCUGUUUAAGGCAUUGUAAAGGAUUAAUAGAAAUUUUAUUCAAUGCCAAAAUAUUUUGUUAAAUAAUGAUAGAACUAACAAGAAAAAAAUAUUACAAAAAAUAUGUUGGCUGUUCUUGCCGUUAUCUUUCUUACUUCUUUUGAUAUGGGAGGCUUCCUUGUAGAAAUGGCCAGCAAGGACUUUGACAUGAAAUCGACCCAGGGUCAAAUUUGUGAUGGAUAAGUGACCUUGAAUAAAUCAGUGUCACAAAGCCUCAGUUUCCUAGCUGUCAAAUGGUCAUAGCAAUGCACCCAUAGCCAACAUACCUUAAACUUUUCCAGUUUUUAAUAUGUAAGGAAAAAUUUGUGCUUUGGCAUAUUUUGAUGAACUUAUAUAAUCUUUUUACCCUAUUAUUCUUUCCUGCUUUAAGGAGAACAUUGGAAUAAUUUAGUCCUAUUUAUGUUCAGACAGUAAGGUUUGUGAGGGUUAAGGCAAAUCAGGACAGGGAAUCUCUUUUCCCCUCCACUGAAUAAUUUCCUCCCUAGGAAUUUCUGUGGGAAGACGCUCGGAGACAUUCCUCACAGGUAUUUCUCUAUCCCUCUCCAUUAGAUCAAUUUGACACCACCUUUGCUCUGCUUCCCAAGUUAGACUUCACUGUGACUGUGGGUCCUGCUGUUGUGUGAAUCACUGAUAAUGGAGCAGAUAAGGUUUCCUCCUCUCUGUGGUCUGGUCUGGAGAGCUCAUUGUUUGCACUUUCCCAGAGUUGGAAGGAAAGAUUGAAUCUGCAUAUUGUGUAAACUGCCGCCUUAUAUGAGUGUAGCAUUUUGAAUUUUGUGGAACAUCUUCACAGCUGGUGAAGAUGAAGAAAUCUUAUUUGUUGUUCAGAAUGACUCUGUGUGGUAGUUUUGGCAAAGUCUGUGCUUUGGCUCAUGUGACAAUUUAGCCAACUCACUUUUGAAAUGGGCUUUGGCUAGUGACUGACUGUUCUAUAUAUAGCUUAAAAAAAAAAGAAAAUUCUUUUCGCCUCUCCCUUCCCACCUAUCCAACUUUCAUGAUUCGUUCCUGUGUCAAAUAGUUGCUGUUUUCCACUUUAAUUGGCUUAUUACUUUCUGCUUUCUUCCCACUUCACUCCUUUGCACGUGCAUUCCAAUUCUUGCCAUGCCUUCCUUUUUUAUUUGUUAAUAGUUAGAUCUCUUCCUGCCACUACCCCGCAGACAUUUGCCUCAUGGCCCAUUUUCUACCAGUGAUAACAUUUGCUGAGUGUACGUACGCUGCAGUUCUGUGUGUACAGUAAGAAGUUAUUUUCUGAUCUUAGAUAAUAAUGUGUGUGUAUGUGAUGUGACUCAGAUAAUAGGAGAUUAUUUUCUAUACUGUUCAGAUGAGAAGUAGAUUUGUUUCAUUAUUUCCAGUUUUUAAAAGUUCUGCAAAGGAGUUCUGCUAAUUAGUACUUAUUUGCUCUAGUGUAUUUGUCCAAUAGUGUUUGCAUGUGAAUGUCUAUGGAUGACAGUUAUUGUAGCACUUUGGCAGUGUACUAAAAAUUUUCCACUUUGAAAUGUUUCUGUACUAUGUGUGUAGGGGUAGACACACAUAUAUUUUUACAGUGGUUGUAUUCAUUUAUUGAAAAACAAAAAUUAGUCAUACUUUUGUAAAUCAAAGAAAUGCUCAGAAUUUCAUUGUGUCUACUCAUUCAAUGGUUUUCUCUCUUUGCUUUGGAAAUAUUUAUAUUCAUAAAGUGCAUUUCAAAAAUAUUGUCAAUCGUUAAAGCCUCUUAAAUAGACCACUAUUUUUCAUGUCUGACAGAUAUGUGUGUUAAGUAUUGAAAUGAACACACAAGUAGCAAACAUCAAAUAAAUUAUUUAAACAUGAAGAGAA